UACAACCGUCACCACAGGAAUGGCGACGUUAGGAGGACACUAUCAGCUAUCCGCCACCGCUCUUCCCGGUGGCUCACGGAGGAAGUCAUCGCGCUCUCCACCGUCCAGCGUUAACUUCAGUGUCUCUCGUACUAGAGUUUUCAAGUCGGAAAUGUCAGUUCCGUCACCCCCCGAAGAUCGCAUUGUUUUAGGCGUUGGAGGUGCGACGGUGGACUUCUUGGCGGCGGUGGCUUCUUAUCCUAAGCCAGAUGAUAAAAUUCGAAGCACCAGCUUUCAGGUUCAAGGAGGUGGCAACACUGGAAAUGCUUUGACUUGUGCAGCUCGACUUGGCCUUAAUCCAAGGAUUAUUUCCAAGGUUGCUAAUGAUGGACAAGGCAAAGGAAUAUUGGACGAACUAGAUGGAGAUGGUGUUGACACAUCUUUCAUGGUGGUAUCCGAGGGCGGCAAUUCACCUUUCACCUAUAUCAUUGUUGACAAUCAAACGAAAACUCGCACUUGCAUACAUACUCCAGGAGAGCCACCCAUGAAACCAGAAGAGCUAUCCCAAUCACAUUUGCUAUCUGCUGUUGAUGGAGCAAGAAUUGUCUAUUUUGAUGGAAGAUUGUAUGAAACUGCUCUUGUUGUGGCAAAGGAGGCAAGUAGUAGGAGCAUACCCAUUUUAGUUGAUGCAGAAAGGGUAAGGGAAGGACUGGAUGAUCUUUUGAACGCUGCUAGUUAUGUUGUAUGCUCAACAAAGUUUCCACAGGCAUGGACCGACACCCCUACUCUUCCAAGUGCACUUGUUUCCAUGCUUAUACGAUUGCCAAAUGUAAAAUUUGUGGUUGUGACAUUGGGUGAAGAGGGUUGCAUAAUGCUAGAAAGGACUGAAACUGAGUCCACUCAAUCUGAAGAAAUAGAUAUAGACAAUUUGUAUGAAAUACUGAAGCAAAGGAAGGAUGCUAACACAACCAUGCCUACAUGCAUACCAUCGAAUGUGGCAAAACUGCGAGCGAAGGGAGUAGGGAUGGUUUGUGGUAAGCUACUUCUUGGAACAACUGAAAAGAUACCGCCUUCUGAAUUAGUUGAUACAACCGGUGCUGGAGAUGCAUUUAUCGGUGCAGUCCUUUACUCAAUCUGUGCUGAUAUGCCCCCAGAAAAGAUGCUGCCAUUUGCUGCCCAAGUGGCAGCUAUCGGUUGCAGAGCCUUGGGUGCCAGAGCUGGUCUUCCCCGACGUGGUGACCCUCGCUUGGCACCUUUUUUAGUGUAAGAGGGCGCCCCACAAAAAAAAAAAUAUUGGUCACAGAAACAAAUGGAAUGUGCUUUUUCUUGUCAUGUUCUUGUCCGGGUUUCUCUGGACUGACAUUCUAUUUCGGUUGUUACAGUGUCUUAAUGAAAUUUAAUGUUUUUUUUGUUACAAUUACUAUAGAUUGAGAGAUCAAUGUUUCAAGAUUUUAGAA